UUCGACAGCCAGGGCAAGAGUGUUGCUAGUGACUGCUGGAAAAGUCUCUUCUCUGACAUCUCAAAAUCUGCAAUUUGGAAAGCGCAUUUUGCGUGAAAUAUUUGAAGUGCAUUCCUUUCUUGAUGGAAGAUUGUUGCAAAAACUAUAUCUCCAAAAUGCUCAAGAAGUGAUUCAAUUGGGCUGCGACAGAAUUUCGAGUUGUGUGGUACUUCUUUAGCGAUUUCGUACAGAGUUUGAAGUCACUGUUUUCGAGACCCAAAGCAAGUAAAAAAUGCUUUAAAGGAAGACAUAACGAGCAGACAAACGUUCGUUUGAGGCUUCAACAUGAGGCAAGAGAGGAUAAAGGGUGAGGGAGUUGAUCCCCCUAUGGACCUCAUUCCUAAGCUAAUGCUUCUUGAGUUAUUUUUAGAUCACUGCUGGUUUCGCAAAUCCCAGAGAGUUUAGAAAUAGCCAAUCCUGAAACGCAGAUUUUGCUCACGUGGUCAGCCCCAAUUCUCAUCCUCCACUAAACCAUAUACUCCACGCGUGUGGUAACGUUAUCCGCAGAAAAACCUGUUCAGUUAGCAUGAUUAAAAAUAUCAUGGGUGGGAAUGCCUUGAAAACAACUUUCUUAUCAUUCAACUUUCCUUGUUUGAAGGGAUUAAUUAAUUGUGUAAACAGUUAAAGCAGAUGUCAGUAUAUCGUGACAUCACUUCGUUCAUAGUUAUUUUUAGACGAGCCAAAUAAGACGACGAAACUUCAAAAGCUUGCAUAUGACUGGUUGAAAGAUGUUUGUUGGCGUUUGUUUUUAAACCGGACAUCAUCCUAACUGUCUCGAGCUAAUGCAUCGUUGAUAUUUCUUUCUUCCUAGACUUGAUAUGGACACUCUUACUCGCUUCACCUUGUCUGUGCGAAAGGGUUACCGUCCUGUGUCAUAUCAUAACUGGGGGCAUGCGUUCGCUGUGGCACACAGCAUAUGUGUGAUCAUGAAAAUGGCGUCGGACAUCUUUACUUGGGAAGAGAAAAUUGCGCUGUACCUUUCGGGCAUUAUUCACGAUAUCGAUCAUCGUGGCUACAACAACGCGUUUAUGAUCAAGAACAAGUCGCCGCUGAGUCAUCUGUAUUCCACAUCAACUAUGGAGUGGCAUCAUUUCAAGCAAGGAGUGUUCAUCUUAGAGACGGACGGUCACAAUGUUUUAAGCAGUCUGUCGGCGAAGCAAUACAAGCAUGUACUGGAACUUAUGGAAGACGCCAUCCUAGCGACGGAUUUAAUGUUGUUCUUCGACAACAGAGCUAAGCUCGACGAUAUUAUCAAGAACAACAAAUUCAGUUGGAAUACACCAGAUCACAGGAAACUUGUUCGUCGCCUAUUAAUGACCGCGUGUGACUUGAACACGUCUGCCAAGCCGUGGUACAUUCACGUCAAAUCAGUCAAGAAGGUGUCUGAAGAAUUUUAUCUGCAAGGAGACGAAGAGAAGCAGAUGGGUUUGUCGCCAGUACCGAUGAUGGAUCGAGCCAGAAAACACGAACUUCCUCAAAACCAGAUCUCCUUUCUCAAAGGAAUUGUUAAACCCUGUUACUCAGCGCUGAUCAGUGUUCUUCCGAAGUUGGAGUCAAUAAUGCCAAUUAUUGAUUUGAAUGUAACAUCAUGGGAGCGUCGCAUCAUAGAAAAACAGAAAGCUGGCUCCGGAGCACUUCAAGUACCUGGCGCAUCAGACAUGAAGGAGUCCCUGUCAUUUUUCGAUUAUUGAAUAUCUUGUAUAAAUUAACUUUUUAAUGAAACGAGAAAUAAGUUACCAAUGAAUUUUGAAUAUAUUCUUAUCGAGAAUUUCUGAAUCAGUUAAUUUUUGCUUAAGAAUCUCGAGUCUAGAAGCGUUAACUUUUUGAAGAGGUUUUUGUGGAAAAAGAAUUUUCUUCGAAUAUUUAUUUUAUCUUUGCUCGAAUUGUGCCAAAUGCACUCACAGCUCAAACGAUUUUCAUAGUCUUUCUUUGCUGCUGAAAGCUCCCAUUACAUUUGUAUUUACCAAUUAUCUGUAUAUACCGCAUUUAUUCAGUCCAAAAAAUUAGUGUUACCAUACUUCUUCUUCAAUCCAGUUGAUUUCCGUCAAUUGUAUAUUUGCAUUUCGUCUUUCAAAUUUUUCUCGAGGAAAACUGUCAGUCAGCUAUUUAUUUUUGCUAACUGAAGCUUAUUAUGAACCUCGUUUUAUUUUUUAGCACUUUCUACGAAAUCUAUGCAAGAGAGGAUACUUUUCUUACGCAUUUGUAAAUAAUUGUAAAAAAAAGUGUUCUGCAAAAUUCCUAUCCACAUCAGCUGUUUACCUACACAAAGAAAAGGCGACAAAAGAAAUGAUGUAGGGAGGGAAGAGUGGGGUUUAAACUGGGUGAUGUCUUUGUGGCCACUUACAGAGGAUUUCAUGUAUUUAAGCCUACGUAACGACUGUUAUUCAGUGUAAGAUAGCUGUAGCAAUUGGAAAGUUCUGGUCUGAACACCGCAUUAUAUUCUCGUAAAAUAUAACUGUCUUGUUUGUGACUUGAAAGUUUCCUAUAUGAAUUAAUGUUUGUAAAAAAGAGAGAAACUUGUAUAAUAUAUUUUAUGACUGAAGUGUUGAACUUUUUUUUAUCAACCUAUGUAAGUAAACUGAGUUUGUAUGAGACAAAGUCCGUUUUGUAACUUCUCAGCUAGUCCUUAUUCCAAACGUACUUCCAAAUCUCCUCUGUUGAUCAAAGAUCUCGCCUCGGAAGCAAGUUGUCUUUAACCUUUUGCAGGAAAAAGUUAAGGUUUUCCACGAAUGCCCAAGCUUUUGUUUCAUCCCUUCCCCUCCCCCCUUCUCCCUGGGUAGGAUGCCUCUAGGGGUACCCCUCAGCAUUAAAUUCGGCGUUGCCUAUUUAUGCACCCCGGUGAAGAAAGACACUGAGAGAGGGCUCGAAUCCAGGCCGCUCGAUCCAAGGUUCAGCGUGCUAAGCAUGAGGCCACUGCGACUCGUUGCACUGAGUGUAAAUAUGCGAACAUUAACUUGUAUGUGA